UAAAAACCCCUUAAAUAAAUUAAGGUCAUUCAAUAUGAAUUGGAUCCUUAAGUUAUCAAUUUCUAGAUCUAUACGCUGGAAGAAAAAUCUAUUUAUUAAUAUCAUUAAAACAAAUCAUGAAUUGAGAAACUACAGCAAUAUGGCUAAACUCAUCGAUGGCAAAUUAAUCGCUGCUCAAAUUCGUGCAGAGCUCCGAAAGGAAGUAGACGAACAUAUUGCCAGCGGUAACCGUGCACCUCAGCUAACUGCAAUUUUAGUUGGUGAAGAUCCAGCAAGUGAAACUUAUGUUUCAAAUAAAAUGAAGGCUGCUAAGGAUAUUGGUAUCAACAGUGUGACAAAGAGACUACCUGCUGACAUCGGGGAGCAAGAACUUCUUGAUUUGAUUGACCGGCUUAACAAGCAAGAUACGGUAGAUGGUAUAUUGGUUCAGUUACCUCUGCCAUCGCACAUGCGAGAACGUGUCGUUUGCAAUGCAGUUUUGUGUGAAAAGGACGUUGAUGGCUUUAAUGAAAUCAAUGUGGGUCGAAUGUGCUUAGAUAUGAAAUCUGUGAUUCCGUGUACCCCUUUGGGUGUCCAGGAGUUAAUAAAAAGGUCAAAUAUCGAAACGUUUGGUAAGAAUGCAGUUGUGGUGGGCCGUUCGAAAAAUGUUGGUAUGCCAAUUGCUAUGCUCUUGAGUUCGGACGGGAGAAAUGAAACAUCAGCUAUGGACGCUACAGUAACAAUCUGUCAUCGAUUUACUCCCCCAAAUAAGUUGGAAGAAUAUUGCAAACUUGCAGAUAUUAUUGUAACGGCGACAGGAAUUCCUGGUUUGAUUAAAGCCAACAUGGUAAAAGAGGGAGCUUGUGUUAUCGACGUGGGUAUUACAAGAAUAACAGACGUUAAUGGUAAAAGCAAGCUGGUAGGAGAUGUUGAUUUUGAUGAGGUGAAAAAAGUAGCAGGGCAUAUAACUCCAGUGCCUGGUGGUGUUGGGCCCAUGACUGUUGCUAUGUUAAUGAAAAACACAAUAGCAGCUGCUAAAAAUCUUGCAGAGGCAAAGAAAGAAAGAAGCAACUAAAGUUAACAUUAUACUAAUAGUAUUAUUUAAAAUAAAAAAAUGCAUUUUCGUUUGUAUCAGAAUCUUACAAAUAAACAGUACAUUUAAUUUAUAAAAUUUAAA